UGAUGGUGUGUUUCGCAAGACUUCUGUGCGAGCUAUAAAUCUGGGUGAGUUGCAUCGUGUGACUGAAAGCAGCAGACUGGAGGAAGUGCCAACAACUCUCCACAUCUGAGAAGCUGGCAUUGAGGCUGUCAUCUGACAUCUACAGCAACAAAUCCAAAUUACAGAAACACUGCUGAGAUGGGGAAAAUCAUCAUUUAUGAGAACAUCAACUUCCAGGGGUACUCCAAAGAACUCACCAGAGACGUUGCCAAUCUGAAAGAUGUAGAUUGGAAUGACUGUGUCUCCUCAGUGAAAGUAAUUGGACAGCCUUGGGUGGCUUAUGAGCACAUUAACUAUACAGGCCGGUUACUGGUAUUUGAGGAGGGAGAGCAUAGCUUUGUUGGUAAAGAGAUGAAUGACAAGAUCUCUUCCCUGAUGUUGAUUACUGAAAAUUUACACAAUCCACAGAUCACUAUCUAUGAACAUAACCAAUAUCAAGGGAAGAGCAGGGUGAUAACAGAAGCUACCAAUUUGGCUAGGGGGCAUGACAAUGACAUGGCAUCUUCUCAUAAAGUGCAGCGAGGUGCCUGGCUGUUGUGUGAACAUAGCGAUGGAAGUGGUUUUUGUUACAUUGCACGAGAGCAUGAACACCUUCCAAGUUACAAAGCAAUCAAUUUCAAUGACAAGCUUUCAUUUCUGCGUCCCCUUCUCCCUGGAAAGCAUUGUCAUCACUGAUGGAUUGCAAAUUCUGAAGUCCUAAGGGUAGAUGUAGCCCUAGGAAGAAGGAUGGGACCUAGAUCUCUCUGCUUUUUUUUAUUUUUUAUUUUUAUUUCCCCUUCUGGUAUAAAAAUACUGAAUGGGAGAGCUCUCUUUUAUGCUAUGCUGCAGAUGCGUAUUUCUCAAUCCUGUCUGGUGCUGUUCUCUUUCUCCAUGAUCCCAAUAAAUGCAAGAACUAUUUUAUUUAGUAAUAUGAAAAAACCUCAAUGAUAAUAGAUAUCUUGUGGUGUGUAACCUAUUAAACCUGUAACUAGCAUUCCAAAGUACUAAACCAUGUAAUGUGAAAAUGUUGCAUGUUGCUUCUGUUGCUAUAUGCAUAAGCACAUAUAUAGUGUAUAACCAGAACUGCUGACUUUAUAUUCUUCUUUACAAUGCUCUUGCUUCACAAUGACCUCUGCAAUAUUUUUUCUAUUCCAUUUUGUGUUGUUACCAAUAAAGAAGAUAUUGCAGGCAACAA